AUGCGCCGACAUAACCUGAAGAUGAACCCCGCCAAGUGUGUUUUCUUCGCGGAGGCCGGCGAUUUCCUUGGUUUCCUAGUGCAUCAAAGAGGCAUCGAAAUCCCAAAGGACAAGGCACAGGCGGUAAUCACCGCUUCACCCCCCAACACAAAGAAGGAGCUUCAACAGCUGCUUGGGCGAAUCAACUUUCUCCGCCGUUUCAUAUCCAACGCGGCAGGGAAGGUCCAGCCUUUUUCACCCCUCCUUAAGCUCCAGGGGGGCAACCGAGUUCGUUUGGGAACCACAACAUCAACAGGCCUUCGAUCGAAUCAAGGACUACCUUACGAACCCACCAGUCCUGAUCCCACCUCGCGACGGGUGUUAACUGAGUGUGAGACACGAUACUCACCUAUGGAGAAGUUGUGUCUUGCCCUAUAUUUUGCAGGGUGCAAGCUGCGCCAUUACAUGCUUGCCUUUACCACGGUUGUGAUCGCUCAAUCCGACCUGGUCAAAUACAUGCUCUCCCGCCCUAUCUUGCGGGGACACAUCGGCAAGUGGAUCUUAGCCAUGUCCGAAUUCUCGUUGCAAUAUGUUCCGCAAAAGGCAGUAAAAGGACAGGCAAUAGCAGACUUUCUCGCUCAUCACCCACCCUCAGAGCUCACGGCGUUUCGCGAGUUGGAAUUCGCUACCGUGACACUCACUCCAUGGACCCUAUACUUUGAUGGUUCGCGGACUGACACCGCAGCCGGAGCUGGGAUAGCCAUAGCCAAUCCCGCCGGAGAUCGCUUCUCCUACUCGUUCCAGCUCGAUUUCAAAUGCACCAACAACCAGGCUGAGUACGAGGCGCUGAUCAUCGGCCUAGAGAUUUUGUUGGAUUUAGGAGUCCGCGAGGUUCAGAUCUUUGGCGAUUCUUUGUUGGUCGUUAACCAGCUAGUGGAAAAGUUUAAGUGCUUAAGCUCGUCAAUUGAGCCAUACCUGCGCAAGGCAUUUGAGGUGUUGGAUCGAUUUGACGACGUCUACAUCGAGCACAUACCACGCGAGUUCAAUUUCGCCGCCAACGAGCUCGCCCAAGUAGCGUCCGGUCUCAGCCUGCGCGACGGCGUGCGCGAACGUUUGCUCAAAGUCGAACGCCGUACGCUUCCCACUUUCAUCGCUAGGGGGCAAUUUCAGGCCGACACCCCCGAAGUUGCCGCCUUGGACCCUAUCGACGAGGAUUGGCGGCUACCAUUUAUCGCCUACCUCCAGAACCCCAACAAGGCCGCUCACUCCAGGAAAAUACGUUUCCUCGCCUUAAACUAUGUUUUACGCAAUGGCGAACUCCGACGGCGUGGGGAAGACGGAAAUGAUUUCCGCUGCGUGUAUGGGAACGAAGCUAAACGUAUCAUGCGCGAAGUCCAUUGUGGGGUUUGCGGCUCGCACCAGGCCGGGCCAAAAAUGCGAUGGUUGAUCCGUCGCCAUGGGUACUACUGGCCAACCAUUCUGAAAGACUGUAUUGCCUUCGCCAGAGGUUGCCAAGACUACCAGGCUCACAGACCAGUGCAACACAUUCCCAACAUCCUGUUACAGCCUAUCAUUAAACCUUGGCCGGGUCGCGGUUGGGCGAUAGAUUUCGUUGGCAUCAUUCAUCCCCAUUCUUCUGAGCAACAUAAGUUCAUUAUCGUCGCCACCGAUUUCUUUACCAAAUGGGUCGAGGCCGAACCACUCAAGGUUGCCUCCGCCAACUCGGUUCGCAACUUUAUUUUCCGUAAUAUCAUCUCUCGCUUUGGUAUUCCGGAGUGCAUCGUUACAGACAGGGGGGCAGCUUUCAUGGCUGAUUCAGUUGUUAAGUACUUAAACGACUACGGAAUCAAGCUUCUCCACUCUACACCAUAUUAUGCACAGUCCAACGGCCAGGCGGAGGCUAGUAAUAAGGUCAUCAUUGGCAUCCUCCGCAAGAUGUUGGAGUUGAACCCACGUGUCUGGCAUGAGGAACUCUACCACACCUUGUGGGCUUACCGCACUUCAAAGCGCGGCCCGACGGAUACCACCCCGUACGCUCUCAUGUACGGUCAUGAUGCCGUCCUUCCCCUUGAGAUCAAUAUUGCUUCACUCCGCGUUCAGGAACAGCAUCAUCUACUUGGCGAGGAUUACGUCCAAGCCAUGUGGCAGGAGCUUGAAGAUCUUGACGAGCACCGCGUCACCCCUUUCAACAAUCUCGUCCUCGAGAAACAACGCAUCGCACGUUCCUAUGAUAAGGUCACGCGCGGACGGAGCUAUGCUGAGGGCCAGAAAGUGUGGCGCGCGGUACUCCCACUUGGGGAAAAAACCGACGGUCAGGGCAAGUGGUCCGCUCGAUGGGAAGGCCCCUUUAUUAUUCAUCGUAUACUUCCCAAGGGGGCAUACCACCUGCGCGACUUAGACGGUACCAUUCAUCGCAAUCCUAUUAAUGGCCGCUUCCUCAAGCGCCACAUUGCAGGAGUUUGGGAACGCGAGGAUCCUCCACCUCCCCCAGGCCCCGUCGCCACUGUCAAUAGUGCUACGCGCCAUCGCGUUCUCGCUCCGCCGCCUAACACUAGGAGGCAACCCGGGAUAGAAGACUGA